AUGACGGGUAAGCUCGUUGGUUGGUCUGGCAAGGAUCCAUGCUUCCACUACCCAAUUCCUGGAGGUCUUUUGGACAGGGAUGUAAUUGAAAUAACCGGCAAAUUUACUGGCGAAAAGAUUGUGAUUGAAAUCUUGGCUGAGUCCUACGUGCAGAACGGUGUGAACAUUGCACUGCCGUUGCAAUUCACGCUUUCAAGCAAGGGGAAUUGGACUGCCUCCACGUACACCCAGGCUGUGCAUCGUCAAGUGCAGUCGGGCACCACCACGCCAAAGGAGAGUUUCCAAAUCCGCAUCAUCGCACUGGACACUGCAUUUGAGGUCUACCUUGAUGGAGUACACUUGUGUACGCAGAAGCACUUGAUUCCACUGCCGGAAGCUACCCACUUAUCGAUCGAUGGUGAUGCCGAAUUCACGGGCGUCGAGUUCAAGGAUUUGUGUACUGAGAACGACGCUUCCACGCAUAGUAACUCUUUGACGACUGAGCAAAAUCAGUUUGGAGCAGCGGCAGAAGUCACCCCGGGGUUCACGCGAUUUUCAGAAAACCGCCGCUCGUCCAAUCGGAAACCAAGGUCCCCCAUUCUAGUGCCAACUCACGGCAGUUUCAGGGCGAAACCAACUCUUGCAACAAAUCUAGAAGAACCAUCACUAAGUCAAGAAGUCUCUGUACCACCUGCCGUUAUAGCCGCAGCAGCUGCUGAGCCUGUGCACGCUGCAAUGGACUCUUCAAUGGGCAGUUUAACACCUACAGCCAUUUCUGGUAAACGAUCCCUUCAUGGUUCUGGUGUCGCCGGUUCUGGACAUCGGGAAUCAAAGCACAAAAGCCUUCGUGAGAAAUUACACUUAAAGAAAAGCUCUAAAGUCUCCACUUCAGCCGUCACGACUGAAGAAAACCAGUACGCAAACACUGGUAAAUUUAAUGAUGUUUGGGUGGAGGAAGGUGGUCGUGAACUUAGUGCUGAUGGCACCGGCGCUUUUGUUGUGGCUGGAGCAGUUUCGGAGCCCAAUCUUCACACACGACCAGAAAAGGAGAAGAAGCGCUUAUCCCUUUUGCAUGGGAGCAAGAAGACUCGCUCAGCGUCGUCGCCACCGGCUGAGGCGUCUGCAACAGCAGAAGGCAAGGAGAAGAAGAAGAAGCAUCACAUCGGACCACUUCACUUUGGGCAUGGAUCAAAGCACGAGGGAAAAUCGGCAAAGGAUGCAAAGAAAAAGACGUCCAGUGGGAAGGGUCUUGAAGCGCCGCAAAAAAGCUCCACGAUAGGUGCCGCUAAAGUUGCAGACGGAGGCUCUGCCGUGGGUACAGGCGCUGUUCUUGCUACCCAGGAAGUUAAACUCAACUCAGAAAACUCAAAUAUUGAUCCACUGCACGAGCCAGCUCCUACUCUCCUCGCUAAGGCCCAUGGAAGGCAGAAUUCCUCGUCUCCUGGCUCCUCACGACCAGCUUCGCAAGCGAAACCGAGUGUGCAUCUUGGUGGUCACGUCAAGGGUUUCUACGACCUACAGGAAGCUGAGAAAACUUAUGACGUUCAUCGCGGCACAUUUCGCAAAGUGGAAUCAGGCGCAGCAGUCGCCGUUGGUGCGGAGUCCAAUAGGUUAAGUCGAAGGAGUUCGAACUCCUCAACCACAAGUUCCAGAAACGCGGUUGCUUUCGAGAUUGCUCAAAACGCCCAAGCGUUUGACUUCGCAGCUCCCCCUGACGCUCGUAGCAGAAGUGCGUCCGCGUCGUCGCAUUCAAGCACCGAGUCAUUGAACAAGUUGGGUGCUGGCGCAGCCGCCGACACAGCGCAUACUAAAAAAUCAAAAGGCAAGUCAGGACAACUCAAGGGCGAGUCACCUGAGAUCGCGGACCAAAUGUUGAUGGGCCAUGCCACAAGCCUGAACUCACUUGAAAAUCUCACAUACACUGACCCGUCUCUCAACAUUCCUCUUCAGCUGGCUGGUUUGAGUGAGUCUGUGGUUUCCUCGUCCAAGGAUCUUCACAGCAAGAAGGAGGCUAAACUGAAAGGAGAUGCGUCUGAAAUUGCUGAUAACUUACUAGGCGAGAGGCGGGCCAUGUCUGGCGAAUUCACAACUUACACUAGUGACAACAAAACUGUACCCUUAAAACUCACUCACGAGGACCUUUUGUCUACCGGGGGAAAGGGUUUCACUCCUCUUGUCGGGCCGAAGGGUUCCUACGAUCUUGAGAACUCGUCUAGUGUUCCUGCUGGAAGCUAUAGGUUAAGGGAAGAUACAAACUGGAGUCUUGAUAGUGGCAGUAUAGUUGCGCAGACCACCGGGGAAAAUGUCCAGCAUUCUGAACCUCCAGUCGAAGCUCUUGCCGUCGGAGUUGCCGCACCAGCCGCCUCCAAGAAAAGCAAGAAGAUUUCCCUAAAAGGUGAGUCCGCCGAAAUUGCCUCGGACCUUUUGGAUGCCAGUAACAAGAACUUAAGGAUCCCAGACGGCGGAAACCCGUUGUGUGGUGAGAAUGGAGUGAUAGCUCCGUGGAAGCUAACUGCCACCAACAGAGAUGCACAGCUUGGCUCUUAUUACAAAUUCGGACAGACCCCAACCGAUUUGAGCAGUCGCAAUAGAAGCUUUGAUGACACUGGAGCUGGCAUUGGCGCAAUGGCUAUUGCAGCGGCACACGAGGAGAACGUCUACGCAGAAGCACCAUCUCCUGACCAACUAGUGGGUGGGGGCUCUUACGAAAGAGUCGACUCUUUCAACCUCAAGUCAUCUACUCUUCCUGCCUCGGGGAAGGUCAGUACUAAGGCUACAGGCUCUGCUCCUGGUUCAAGGGCAACCCUGCCGGCUGCUGGGGUGGUUGUGGCAAAAGACAAGGAUAAGAAAGACAAGAAGCACCAUGAAGGCGCGGAAAAGGGGAGGAAGCGAGAUCGCGUGUCUGGAUUUUUCCGGAGGAUUUUCCGAAGGAAGAAGAAGAGUGGUGGUGCUGCCACGCAAAGUGAUGACGAAGGUGGAGAGUACACUGGGGACUUCGAAUCCCUUCCCGAAAUGUACGAGAGAGGAAGCGACUCAGAGCGAUCUUUUGACUCGGAUGAUCACCAUGAAACCGAAUUCGCUAUCACUGCAUCGCCCAGCGAAACAGGUCUGUAUGCGGCGCAACUUCGAGGCGACCGAUCGGCCUUGAGUGUCAGCCGUCCAAUUGAAAGCAUGUGUGGCACAACUUUCGUUGCCUAUCCACUCAAGCUUACGUCGUUGGCUGUCGCCGAACAGUUACACGCUGCGUCGUUAAGUCAGACCUCUGGGGAUCGCGUCCACCGUAGUGAAUCGGCAUCUUCCUGGAGCUCCGUUUCUGUGGGGGGGACUCGUAGGAGACGCCGACGGCCAUCUCCUCAGGCUGUUGGAGGGAUCACACACCGGUCUGAAUCCUCAUCUUCGCACAGUUCCUUGAAGGGUUUCGCAUCUCGUGACAAAAUGGAGACCGAUAAGCCAGUGGUCGAAGUGUCCCACGCAAUCCCCUCUUUCGCCUCCAUUCCCACACACCGUUCUGCUUCUACCUCUUCAGAUUCUUGGAGAGGCAGGGACAGACCUGGCGUUGCCGACGGUAGCCUCAAAAAAGACCGCAGAUCAAUUUCGUUAUCUCGUUCUCCUUCUCCCGAACCUCCGAUGCCAUCACUUCAAAUGGAACAGCAAGUUUUUACCCACACGGCUCCUCCAAACGGCCGUGACCAGCCCUACAGUCCGUUUCAUGACUCUAAGAAGCAUGAAAAUGGAGCGGGCUCAACUUCAUCGUCUACUUCCUCCAUCAACAGUCUCUACGGUCGCAUUGUGAUCGUGGGACAAAGUUCGGACUUCUCCAAGCGCAUACAAUCAUUCCGAAAGCGGAUGCAGACCACCCCGAAAGCCAAGCGGUCGAAAGGCACUAAGAAGCGAGGCGAAAACGGCUUCGAUAGUGACACCUCGACCAGUUCAAUAUCCUCCAUCGAAUCUGCUCAACUGCCACCAACGGUGGUUAAGUCUAGGGAAGGACAGUUUGGUGUAUUACCCAACGCUGGAGAAACCAUUUUCUACGAUAAGCCCUUGAGAAAGGAGGACACAUAUGCAAAUAGUAUGCUUUGA